AACAACAGAAGCCGGCGUUUGAUGCCCCGGAUGGACAGAAUAGAACGGCUCCGGUGCUAGAAGAACAAGAACUUCUUUCCUGUGACGGUUGGAAACGAAUUCUGGGUGGCUGCUUCAUUCCAGUGGUGAGAUCAUUUCUUUUCUAAGGCAUCAAAUCGGUGCACAGACGGAAAUUUGAUUUACUACCAUCAGCAGCAACCGAAAGUGACUUGGUCUGAUUAUUUUUGAGUGAAGUGCGAAACGCGGAAUCUUCAAACUGGUGAAAUUAGUGCUGAAGCGUGAAUAUCGUGAAAACUGUUCUGAUCAGCGGAUGCUUGCUUUAGUUUUGCUGGACAAGGAUUUCGGCAUACAAAGAGAAUAGAUCACCCUCCUUCAAUUUGUCUGUCACCUCAACCGGAAUAAGCGCAGCGCUGCCACGCCACCAUUCAACCACGGAACGGACCACAACAUCCGCAGAGCUAUGAAACUAAUUGCACGUACUCAUCAUCGCAACGCGGCGGCCAUCUGCAGUGCCUCAUCGCUAAUCCUCCUGCUCAGUGGGGUGCUGGUGAUAGGCUCCACCAUGUGCGGAGCCGAUCAAACUUCACCGCUCGAGUCCAACAGUCUGCUUGGCAUCGACGAGAAGAAUUUAAACGAUAAACGGCCAUUCUUCGUUGGCAGUCGGUAUGGGCGCUCGCACGUGUACGGCGGAAAAGAUCUCCGGCAAGUAAAUGUGGUACCGCGGAACGAUCGUUUCUUCCUGGGAUCCCGCUAUGGCAAGCGUUCCGACCCGCUCAGCAAGGAAAUCGAAACCGACAACAACAACGGCGCAGAACUGACCUAUCUCGCCUGCCUGCACACGGGUAUCUCCAAUCUUUAUCGAUGCUAUGGAAAGGAUCGUGACCAACAGUACUCAGAAGAUCUGGAUUCAUCGAGUCCCUAAAAUGAGUCAGCAAUCGGACGCAGAAAUCCACUCCCGUUAUUUCGAAUGCCAACAUCAACAAUCAUCACGCUGCUAUAGAACAAAACCAAAUGCAAUGUUAAAAGACAUCUUUCAAGCUACGUAUUAACUUAGCUGAUCGUUCGUUUGCCUAAGGUGGCCUGUAAGGUCCCCCAGCUAUGCUCCGCUUGCUGAAUAGAGAUUCAAACGAAUGUCUGAAGUUGAUCGACUUCAUACUGUUAACUUCAAAUAAGAUCAACUUCAAGCAUCGAUCAAGGCUGGGUGAUUUCUAUUCAGCAACCUAGAGCUAUGAGCCUUCUUUUUUAUUGUUAUUUGAGUUUUCUAAACAAUUGUUACGUAGAAUAAUGUUAAACCACAUUAUCAGAUGAUCCGAUGUGAGAAAACACGCACUGACUGUCGGUUGAAGCUUAUUACUGUUUUUAAAGUGAAUAUUUAUGUACUUAGAUAUUUUUGAAAAUUGUUGCAAAUAAAUGGAAAAGACAAAAAAUAACUGUAACAGACUUUACAUUGUACAGUUAUCGAAAUCAUUGUGAUUAUACAGCCAACCUUUAAAUACAGCAUAUGGAAUUUAACAAAAGUCAGCUUAUACAUAUUAUAAUGAUCCCUUAUUCACUAUCAGAACUUUGAAAUGCACAAAGUGUAUAUCCAUAUAAAAUACUUCGAAAAUUGAUUACGAAACAAGUCCUACCUGUAAAUGCACUGUUCUUGAAUGAGGUGGAAACAAGCGAAAAUUCAUUAAGUGAAAAUGCUUUGUAAAUAAAUCAUAUUUGCUA